GCGCUUUUGGGAACUACAUCGUCUUUGUUAGUGAGAAAGUAAGCGCGUGAUUAAGUCCAAGAGUGAUGGAUAGAACUGAGAAUUUGGAAAGGAUUUUGAAGAAAGCCUCUCUUGAAAAUAUAUCUUCCAAUUCCAUUUUACCUUUGGCUUCAACCAGUUCAUUAGUAAACAAUGAAAGUGAUGACUCAGAUUCUAGCAACAGUUUAUUCAAAACUCAGUGUGAUCCCAUCUCACCCAAUCGAGAACCUAGAAACCUAUCUACCUGUAAUACAGUUCAUUUACCUCCAAAUACUUGGUUAAGAGAUUAUUCAAGUGACUCCUCUUCAGAACUAGAACCAUUUAAUUUGAAAGUUGUUUUUGAAAAUUGGAAGAAAAAGAAAAGAAAGAGAAAAUACAAGCCAUCUGGAAGGCCAAAGGGAAGGCCAAAAGGAAGCACUAAAACAACCCAAUCUUUAGCCAUUAUACCGAAAAAGGACCUGUUCAAAGAUAAAGGUUUACAAUUCCCUUUGGUAGAAUCAGAGAAUGGAAGGAAACCAUUACUUUGGAAGAAAAUUUUAGGCUUUGAGCAAGCCGUUGCAAGAGGGUUUUUCAACUAUGUUAAGGAACAGAAAUAUGAAUCCCACCUCAGAGAGGCUUUGAAGCAUCUGGAUGCUGGUGAAGAUUUAGACAAAGAAGACUUUGGUGUAAGGAGAUAUAAAUAUUUAGAUGAUGAUGAUGAUGAAUCUAUUUCUCCUAUAGAAGAACCCAAUGUAGAAAACCAGUUGGGUGAUCAAGAUGACUGUGAUGUCAAAUUAGUGGAGAAUAGCUGUUUCAUAAUAAGUACUGAAUUCCCCAAGAAGACAAAGUUAAAGAUGAAAAAGAGACUGCUAAAGAGUAGACAUGACACUCAAAAUAACAAGAGAGAUGAAACAGAUUUGCCUGGGAAAAAGAAAAAUUCCAUGGACAAAGGGAAGAGAAAUGGAAUAUGCAUCGAGGAACUUGGUGAUUAAAGCUAUAUGAGAAUUUUUUUGGAUAUUAAAUUUCUCUUCUGUACAGUGAAGCCAUAUUGCUGGUUUAGUUAACUCUUCAUUGGAUGUUUCUAGAAUGCUUGUUUACCAAGGAGAAUUCAUGGGAUGUACCCUCUGGACAACAUGAAAUUGGUUUUGAACUAGACAUUGUGAAUAUUGAAGGAUUACUGCUGCCUUAGUUGUGGGUUUAAGACCUUUCAAUAGAGCCUGUUAAAAAUUCAGGAAAGGGACCUGAAAUCCUGUUUAAAUGGGGGAGCUUUGAAAAUCAACAUCAUUUAUGGAAAACCAAAAAUGGAUACACAGUGGGCCAGUUCUCAACAUUUUAAGUGUUCACCAACCACAAAGUGGGAAGCAGAAUGGGGGAAAAGCUAACCAAAAGGUGAAAUAAUCAGUUUUAGAUCAGCCUGACAUAUGCUGAGCUGUGCCAUAAUUUAAACAAGCUAAGGUUUCAAGAUGAGUAGAUGGAGAAAGACAAGGCAGCUGAAGAGGGGAAGAGCCAUCAGAAGGACAGAGCUGUCAUUCUAAAAUACAAUGCUAUCAACAUAACAGAUACCCCUGAACUUUGCUUGGAGAAGCAAUUUUUAAAAAUAUUUUGUGAUGGAAUUGUUUAAAAUUUCAAUAAAAAUAGAUUUUGGGGGGCAUCUUUUUUUGUAAUGGAUCACUUUUAAAACCCAUCUUGAAUUUAUACGUUACUAAGAUAAUUUAGAAAAUGAAGAAAAAUAAACUCUCAAUAGACUUAA